UCUCCAGGAGGUUAUGAACCAUAAAUCAAUGACAACUACGUUCCUAGAGUCUAUGGUAAAGUUUUGCAAUGACUAGUUAUUGCUAUUGUUAUUUUAGGAAAAAAACACCGCUAGUACUAUGCAUUUAAUUAUUUACUUUUUGACACUGGUAAAUCUACAGGCUGAAUGGACGCAACAACUAUCAGAGCUCUGUACUCCAUUGGUGUCAAAUCCACAAGCAAGGAUGUUAGUUGAAGAAGUUAUUAACUUUGCUUACAUCUUGUAUAUCAAAAUAUCGAGCGACUGUGCUCAAUGGCUACGUACAUCAUACACUGUCGUCAUUCUGAACCCUGGGUUCGUGAGACAAGUCUUGGCUUUAUGGAAUGAUAACAUCUAUAACAGCAUCAAUAAUAAUGACAAGCAAGCAAAUACAAGGUUCUUCAGCCAUAGGUUAUUACGACGUCUAUGUAUUUUAUCCCCUUUGGAGCGCCAGCAGUUACUUAUUCAAGUAACUGAUCAGAUAAUGAUAGGCGAGAGUGGUGCACAAAACAGAACAUUCAUUUUUCCGAGCCGCAAACAUAUUGUCGAUAAUACAUUGAUGAAAUCGCCCUUGUUCUUUUGCCUACAGGAAGGAGCAAUCAAAAGCAAUGACGAUGAUGACGAUAGUAUGGACGAUGGCAAUAGUGAUGCUGCUAGCCUUAUUAGAAAGGCUAUAUUGGAAGAUAUAGCAGGAAUGGCGGAGGAAAUCAAUGAUUGGAGAUUCAUGGCCGUAUGUAGCAUGCUAGUGGGGUGGAUCUUGGUGCAGGGGAAGCAGCGACAGCACUACUUCAAGAAAGUUCAGCCUCAUAUGAUCAUUAAGAAGUUCAAUCAUGAAUUAGGAAAGGGAGUCACAGCUUGUCCGCUUCAAACCAUGCUGUCCUGUGUUUAUGGUAUUCUGGAUUCAAAGGAUACUCAGACCUUGGAGGACCAUCAUUCAGAUAUGAUGGCUUUAUUCUUAACGGCCCAACAUCAAUAUAUCUUCUGUGGUGGGGGUCCCAGUCGAUUGUUUUUACGAAGAAGACUAGCGCUCCUGGUAGGAUCAGUCCUCGCUCAACGUGAUGGAUAUUUAGUUCAUCAAAUCCAGCAAUAUCUUAAGGAUUCGAUCUCCUCUCGCGGGAAAGAGGAAAGUGCUCUCGAGGAAAGGAAUGUAGCAUCACCAACAAAAGCAGCAGUAAGAGCAGUAGCAGCAGUAGCACUAAAAGGAGAAGGAGAAGGAAGAGAGGAAAAAAAAGAGAAGGCUCUAGCGUCUUUUAUAGCUGCAACCUUGGUAAUGAUAUAUGGGCCAGGGCAAGCAUACGCAGAUAUGAUUCUCGAGCAAACAGUACUUUUACUGCAGGAACUCAAGAGGAUGUUUUUAUCUCCUUUAUCAAAGACGACAGCAGUAAAGUCGAUUGAGCGCAUUUUUCUCAAUUACCAACCUAUCUUCCGAACAUAUGCUCCUUUUGUGGUAUAUCUCGUUUGUGCUGUGGGGAUCAUGCUGGAAUCGAGAAAAACGGAAUGUUGGCAAUUCAUGAUUCAAAUGGCGAUUUCUGUGAUGUGCGAGUCCAAGCCUGAUAAUGUCAUUUUAACAAAAUUUUUUCUGGCACUCUUCAGAGAUUUGAGCGGGGAUUUGAAUUCAUAUACACUAGAACAAGCGCUGGAUAACCUUGCAGCUGUAGAAACUGAAAAGAAUGAAUAGUGGUGGACGCUUAAACUUUGAUCUUCAAAAUA